AUGUCAACUCACGAACUUCGCAAUCAGCCCACUCUCCCCCGCAUCAAACUCGAGCUGAGCGAAAACACCCUACAAUCCAUCAACACACGCCUCCUCGAGCUUGAUGUGGUCAAAAACACCAAAGCCUGCCACUUCGAGCCCAUGUGCUCUAUCUAUGCCACCACCGUCCUGCUUGCAGCUAUCAUAACGGCAUGCCCGGAUCUCUUGGAUCAGAGUUACGCACGCGUGGAAAUGGCGAUGCAGGUGUUGUGCCAGAAUGCGAGGCUGCAGGAGGAUCUGAGGGAGGCGAUUGAGAGGAGGGAUUUUAAGGACGUGUUGAAUAUUGAAAUGCUCCAGAAACCUGUUCGGACGAAUGUUCGUCCGCUCAACAGAAGGAGAACAUUAUAA